CCGUGGUUCUGAACCCGCGCGCGCUGACGGGAGAGAGAGAGAGAGAGAGAGAGAGAGAGAGUUCAGCAUCUCUGUCCUUUUUAUUAAAUCUGUUUCUUCCUCUUCAUCCUGUCGGUGUGUUAGGCUCCUCUCUCUCUCUCUCUGUCUCUGUGUGUGUGUGUGUGUGUGAGUGUGUGAGUGAGUGUGUGUGAGUGAGUGUGUGUGUGUGUGUCUCCGGUACCGGGACGCGGCGGCGCGGUCGGUGGAGCAGGAUGGAGUCCCCGGCUCGGGUCACUGCGCUCCGGCUUCCGCUGCUGCUGCUGCUGCUGCUGCUGCUCCUCCGCCUGAGCGCCGCGAGCCGCAAACACGGCUGCCUCUUUGAGGAUGAUCUAUGUGAGCUGCAUGAGGUUUGCGUCAAUGAUGGCGUGUUUGGUCAAUGUCAGUGGUUUCCUGUUUCAGAUCUUUACACUUACGACGCAUCUCCAGCAACACUGCAGCGUCUGAGGAACCUCCUUCAACAACUCGCCCAGCAAGGUUAUACGUGGCAUGAUGACGCUACACAGCAGGUGAUAUCCAGAGAACUGCUAGCGUUGCGUAAGAUCCCCCUACGACGCCUCGGUAAAAACCUUCCAGCUUUCAAGUUACGGGCUCAGAUUAGCGAUGGCAACAACAGGAAGUACCUACAGGAACUUGGCUUCUUACCUGCAGAUGUCACUUCCUCCAAACAGGGCCUUCAAGGAAAGUACAAAAGUAAAGGAAUGUCUGAUCUCAUGGAUUUGAUCAUGGAGCCUAAAGAAAGGCCACAUCCACCACCAUCCACCUCCCUACUCCAGCCUCGUCCAGGCCCUAAAAACUCCCACUGGACUGGAUUCAAACCAGUGGACCAAACUGCUCUCCUGGACCGAACCGGCCUCCUCUCCGAGCUGCAGCAGUACCUGUCAGACCCGAAAGAACGACCUGGAGGAGUCCAGUACUUCAGUGUCCAGCACAGCUCUCCUGCCAAAGCAGGGAAAGUUCCUGGUGUUUCAAGGCAACCUCCUCGACCCAGAAUCGACAAACUGUUGUUUAGGUCAGGAGCAAACCGGCCACCACCUCAAGACUCCCUCAGCUCAGUGGAUGAGAAGUUCAUCCAAGGCGUGGUGAAGCAGCUCGGACAGCAGAGCAUUAACAUGGACACCCUGACCCCGGGCGACCUUGACCAGCUCUCUGAGGUCAUCACUCAAGCCCUGCAGGUGGUGGAUGAUGGGGAAGGGGUCAAAGGUCGUGAGGUCAUGGUUGAUGAUGAGGGUGAGAUGAAGAGCAAGUCUGGUGCAAGGGGACAGCUUGGGAAAAUGUCUGGAGAGGAGUUCAUGCCUAAAGAUGGACAAACAAAAGAAAGCAGGCCAGAGUCGGAGGGAAAGGACAAAGUUUUUAUCAAUCAGCUCCUGGACUUCCUGGACAGGAACUCAGGCCCUGAGGCUGCAGAUCAUCCAGAUCAUCCCCAGGAAGAAACGUCCCUCCGAAGCUCCUUCAAUCUUCCACAAACUCCUGCAGAUCUGAAAUCAGCUGGAGUGGAGAUUGUUCAGAGUCGAACCACUCAGACCAACGUGGACUUAACAAAAAAGAAGAUGGAGCCAGACACGGUGGAUCUGCAGCCCGCAGGAGAUGCUGAGGUGGAGCAGUGGCUCCAUGGUGAAGAAGCUGUGGAUGCAGAUGCUCAGCGGAAGCAGAACAUUGCAGAGGAAGAGGAUGUGGAGAAGAAAGGUGGACAUGUGGAGAAGAAGUUCAGGGUGGAUGUGGCGGCGUACUCCACCCCUCGGGACGAUGGAUACUUCGGUUACAUCAUCACACAGGACUCUCUUUCAACUGAUCAAGGUCUUAACCUGAUGGAAACCUUGGCUAAAAGAGCUAACCUACGUGUGACCGACUUCCUCCAGCUCUCGGUUCUGGGUCCUGCAGUAACGUUCAGAGUGAAGCCCAACGCUGGGAACAUCACCACAGCACUCCUGGCCCGAGUGGCAGUUGAGCAGAAAGGCCAGUUGGAGAAGGAGAGCGGUGUGAAGAUUUUGGAUGCCGGACUGAGUGAUAGGUCCAAGCUGAAUCACAUCCCCGUGGUCAAGCAAAGCCGCCUUGAACCCAGCAACUUCCUGGUUCUGGUCCUGGUCACCAUGGCGUUUGUUGCCGUGGUGCUCGGCCUGUCGGGGGCGCUCUUCUGCAUGCGCCACCAUUCCGGUUACGAGCUGAAAGAGAAGCUGGUUGGCAUGGCAACAGACACCGGGAACGAUGCCACAGCGACCUAUCAGGAUCUGUGUCGUCAGCGCAUGGCAGAGCGCAGCUCCGACGUUUUCCAUCACGCCACACACACGUCACGCAUCAACAGUGUGUCAUCACAGUUCAGUGACGGAGCGACACAGAGUCCAUCAGCACGGAGCAGCACGUCAUCAUGGAGCGAAGAACCUGUACACAGCAACAUGGACAUCUCUACAGGACACAUGAUCCUGGCGUACAUGGAGGAUCACCUGCAGAAUCAGGAUCGUUUGGAGAAGGAGUGGGAAGCUCUGUGUGGUUAUCAGGCCGAGCCGGCUGCCUGUUCUUCAGCUCAGGAUAAAAGCAACGCCAAGAAGAACCGACCCAACGGCGCGCUCGCGUACGAUCACUCCAGAGUGAUGCUGAAGGCUGAGAAUAAUCAGAGCAACUCGGACUACAUCAACGCCAGCCUCAUUAUGGACCAUGACCCUCGUAACCCAGCCUACAUCUCUGCUCAGGGCCCUCUGUCAUCUACGGUGGCCGACUUCUGGCAGAUGGUGUGGGAGAGCGGCUGUGUGGUGAUCGUCAUGCUAACACCAUUAGCGGAGAACGGAAACAAACAAUGUCACCAGUACUGGCCAGAUGAAGGGUCGGACCUGUACCAUAUCUAUGAGGUCAACUUGGUGUCAGAGCACAUCUGGUGUGAGGACUUCCUGGUGCGCAGUUUCUACCUGAAGAACGUCCAGACCAAUGAGACACGCACCGUAACUCAGUUCCACUUCCUGUCCUGGAUGGAUCAGAACGUUCCUGAGUCAGCUCGAACCCUGCUGGACUUCCGCAGAAAGGUUAACAAGUGUUACAGGGGACGCUCGUGUCCAAUAAUCAUCCACUGCAGUGAUGGAUCAGGGAGAAGUGGGACGUACAUCCUGAUAGACAUGGUACUGAAUAAAAUGGCUAAAGGUGCUAAGGAGAUCGAUAUCGCCGCCACUCUGGAACAUCUGAGGGAUCAGAGAGCAGGCAUGGUGCACACCAAGGAGCAGUUUGAGUUUGCGCUGACCGCCGUGGCCGAAGAGGUGAACGCCAUCCUCAAAGCUCUGCCGCAGUGAAGAAGCUUCUGCACACACACACGCGCACACACACACACGCACACACACACACACUUCCUCUAUCUUCUCUUCCUGUGACUCAGUGGUCUGUUCGUCUGUUAGAAGUCGUCACAGAAUAAAUCUGUGCUUCUGCUCUAAUGCUUAGAGAAAAUCUCUUUAUUCUGUUCGUCUCUCCGAGUGUGCUGUACGACACAACCGUGACGUUAACUCUAGAGCUCUGACAUUUCUAUUAAAAUACAAAAAUGUUUUACUGUGUUGAAAUAAAUAGAGAUUGUAUUUUGUGAUGCACUUGUAUAGCAGUGUGUAUUACAGCUGAUAGGUGUGUGUGUGUGUGUUAUAUCUGAAAUAUGUAUCAGAUUUAUCUAUAUAUUUAUUACAUAUAUACAUAUAUAUAUAUAUAUAUAUAUAUAUAUACACCGUGUGUGUGUGUGUGUGUGAGUUAUGUUUGUUGUAGCAGUGUAGAAUCUGAUCUGAUCUCUCGCUCACACACACACACACACACACACACACACACGAGCAAUAUCAGUGCGAUGAUCAUUACCCUGUUCUGGUUUGGAACACACACGUUGUGAUUAUUCUGUGUUACUGAACGAUGCUGCACAUCAAACAGGACAAAAAUUCAAUAUUUCAAACAUUUGUAUAUAAAUAUUUUUGUGUGGAGCGUAUAAUGCAGAAAAUAUAAUAAACUCUACCCUGAUGGA